AUGUCUAUUCCUAUUAGUAAAAGAAUUUUAAAAACUACAACAAAUUUACCACCAUGUUGUUUAAGAAUUCAUCCUGAAGAUACUUCAAGAAUAUAUAUAGGAACAUAUAAAUUAGAAACUGAAACUGGUGAAAAACAUGGAUCAUUAGAUUAUUUUAAAUAUGAUAAUGAAAAUAAUGAUUUGAAAUUAAUUCAAUCCAUUCCUACAAAUUCAGCAAUACUAGAUAUUAAAUUUAACCCUAAGAAUCUGAAUCAAUUAAUAUCAGGUCAUUCAGAUGGUUGUAUUCUAAUAUGGAAAAUAAAUGAAGAAAAUAUAGAAUUGGAUCAAACCGUAGUUAUUGAUAAAGAUUCAUGUAUAACUUCAAUAUUUUUCAAUCCAAAUAUUACAAAUCAACUUUUAAUAACUUUUACAAAUGGAUAUUCUCAAAUAUUUGAUCUUAUAAAUCAAUCUCAAAAUUGGUUAGAUAAUUCUCAUGAAUUAGAAUGUUGGACUGGAUCAUUUGGAGAACUAGGUGAGCUAACAAAUGUUGUAUAUACAGGUGGUGAUGAUUCACAAUUAAUAGCUCACGAUUUAAGAACAUCAAAUUCAAUAUGGAAUUUAAAAAGAGGUCAUGAUGCAGGAAUUGUUAGUAUACUUUCCCCAAAUCCUAAUUGGAAUAGCAGUCGAGGGAAUUAUUUAUAUACUGGAUCAUAUGAUGAUCAUUUAAGAAUUUGGGAUUUAAGAUGUAUAGAUUCAAAAAAUCCAAAUCUUAUUGAUGGAUAUAUACCUAAAAAAUUAUAUGAAGAAAAUUUAAAUGGUGGUGUAUGGAGAUUAAUACCAAGUACUAUUGAUAAUAGAAUGUUAAGUUGUUGUAUGUAUGAUGGUGCUAGAAUUAUAAAUAAUGAUUCAACUACAUUUAAAGUUGAUAGAUAUUUUAAAGGAGAUCAUGAAAGUAUAUGUUAUGGAGGUGAUUGGUCAUUUGAUGGUAAAUUUGUAGCUACUUGUUCAUUUUAUGAUCAUGUAGUUCAAAUUUGGUCUCCAAAUGAUACAGAAAAGGGAUUAAAUAAUUCUUAA